AUGCUAAUGUUAUUAGCAUUGCCAGGCUUGAAAGAGCUUCUUGCAUCAAAUGCAAAACUUGGAGAGUUAGAAUAUUUAGACAUUUCAGCAUGCGAAGGCUUGAAAGCAUUUCCAAAGGAAAUAGGAAAAAUCAAGAAAUUGAAGGAAUUUGAUAUGAGAGAGUGUUCCCAUUUGAAGGUGUUACCUACAACUGUUUGUGUCGUAAGUUUCCUGAAGCUUGUUAUCUGUGAUGAGAAGAUUGGGAAGCAGUGGUUGCGGGCCAGGAAUAUUUCUAUUCCAAAGCUUCGAGUUGAAAUUGUUGAGCCACAUUUUAGUUUAGAUUGGCUUGAUGAGUGA